AAGACACGUCUGUGGGGAGGUCAGCCAGAAACUGAAGACAGAGGCCAUGGAGAGGAACGGCACUGCCCGUCCCCAGACGCCAGACCCCACGCAUCACUUCCACGUAGCGCUGCUGGAUCAGCGACGGAGGCUGCGGGGUCACAUUGCUCACCUUCACAAGGCAGCUCGUAAAAUCAACAAGCUUCGCAAAAGAUCCCUGAUUGGCAACAUCAGUGGGAGCUCACUGACUGCCGUGGGAGCAGUCACGGCCAUCGUGGGGCUGUCCCUAAGCCCAGCUACACUGGGAGCCUCCCUCCUGGCAUCAGCAGUGGGUUUGGGCUUGGCCACUGCAGGGGGGGCUGUCAGCAUCACCUCCGAUCUCUCUGCUGUGCUCUGCAACUCCCAGGAGGUGAAGAAGGUGCAGGAAAUUGCAGUGACUUGUCGGAAACAGAUGAGGGAAAUCCUCGGCUGCCUGGAAUUCCUCCGCCGUGGGCAGGGCCCAGGGGACCCCAAGCUUCUCCAGUCAGAGAAGAGAGCAUCCAUCUCCCUGUAUAACUCCGUCUGCUUCAUGGUCUUCUGUGGCUCCCACAGCUUCCUUGUGCCAGAAUACACAAAAGAGGUCACAAAAGUGAGCCAGGCCAUGCUGAAGGCCAAAAUCCAGAAGCUGGCUGCCAACCUUGAGAUCUGCACCAGGGCAAUGGACGAAGUCUGUGAACUCCUUGAGUCCAGGACAGAGCUUUCCCCACGGAUGAGGAAACUCAGCUUGGGGGCUAGAACCACUACUGAGACCCCAAGACCAUCCAGCUGAAACAGUAGUUGCCCUAUAAUGAAACCAGGCUUGAAAACACUACAUAAUUCUCACCAUUAGCACUGCUACCUGUUGCUGUUGUAAUAUUGAUGGUGCUCGUCCACAUAGAUGCACACAGCUCUUGUGCCUUAUUUAUAUCUGAACACAAAACUCUCCCUGAUAGCAAGACAGAGUUACAUACAUACACAGAUACACCCCACUGCCUCACAGCAGCCCCCUGGCUCAAGAUAGAGGUCAUGAGGGACACGUGGACUACUGGGUACGUGGCAGCAGAUCCAGGAGCCAGAAUGCAGGGAUAGGCGGCCAUUCCUCAGUUCCAUGUUUCCCCAUCCUCCUCCAUGACUCUGCUUCCUCAUGUAGCAGAAAAAAGCAGGUCAGCAGAGUGAUGAAAUCCCUGCAGUCUUGGUGCUGACUGACCCUGGCUUGUGGAUAACUCGUGAAUCUAUGAAUGCUGAAGGGGCUGUGAUACCCUCAAAGAGCCACCAGCCACCAGCUUCCAGUAGAGCACAGCCCCGUUACCAAGGUACAUCUGGGAAGGCUGUUGAAAGGAGCAGCCCCGGAUAUGACAGACGGUGUGGAUGGCUCAGUCGUCCCAGGGUGAAACAGAGGAGCCAGAAACUGUUAUCCUUUAUAAAGAAACCUCUCCAGGCUGAGAACUGUGAUGUUUGUGUCCUAUUUAUUUACGUGAGAUGUUUUUAACGUUUUGAUAUUGUAUUUUAAAGUUUUGAUAUUUUAUUUAAAUAUUUUGUUUUUCCUUUUAAAAAGAGGUCUCUGCUCCAAAGGAGUGCAGCUGUUCUUAGAGGCAAAGCAAGUCUGUGGCAAGUGAGAGCAAGUUACAAGUUCUUUGGCUGUGAGGGUAAGUCCCUGUAGGAAAGGGAAAGAUGAAUGCUGGUAGUCAUAAGAUAGGUGAACUGUGGUUAACCAGUGACAGAUCUUAGAAACCAAAACAGGGAGGAAGAUGGGUCAGUGACCCUAGGACCAGAGCCUGCCCCAGGGGCCUCUCUGGGGAGAAGAGUAAGUGUACCUCUUGGAGCAUGGGGGGAAGAGUAUGCUGGUGUUAUGGUCUAAGCUGGAGACCAGCUGAGAGAAGAGCACACCUGAGAGGUGGUAGUGCUGCUCUCUGUGCAAACAGCCUGUGAGACCCACAGCGGUUGUCUGGGGAGGGAGGAGGCAGCACACACAGAGAGCUACACUUAGCAAAGCUUCCCAGGGAAGGCUUCACAUCAGCAAUACGUAUAUUGGUACUAAUAGUCAACAAGGGUGCAGAAGAGUAGGAUGAUUCAGUGGUCAGAGCACUGAGGAAGCAGGAGGAAUGACUUGGACUCAGUUUCGUCUGUCUUCAGUGACUGUCCUGCUAAGGAUGUCCUUUGUGAUUUUCAGCCCCUCAGUGCCUCAGUUCUCUGUGCAAAAAUGGGAACAGUAGCACUUCCCUACCUCACAAGGAUGUUACUGCGAUAAGUAUUCUGAAGUGCUCAGGUGCUGUGGUGAUGGAGAUCAUGUCAGUACCUGGAAGAGCUGCAAGGAAGAGACCCCAGAAUCUAGCUUGAGACAACCAGAGAACUUAAUGCAGGACCAAUUCCGCCCCUACUAGUAGAACUCAGGUGGUGAGGGGAACUUUCCUUAGGAUUGGUGAAUCAAAAUGAUGAAAAAGCCAAUUUGUAAUUCUAUAGCACUGAGCAUACUCCUGGGGAGGGCUAUACUCCAACUCACAAAGCUCAACUCCAUCUUAAGUUGUCUCUUUCUGUCAAGACUUCAACAUGUGUUUUGACGUGUAAAACAAAAGCUUUUGUCCCUCAGAAUGUGACUCAGUUGUCUGUAAUGCACAUACCUGUUUGCUGUAAGGGGAAAGUACACUGCUAGUUCCAUUAAAUGAAUAUGAAGUA